GUUUCUCCUUAACCACCAUCUACCCUGCCAGUGCUCUCCGACUUGAUCGUUCGCCGCACAGCCCUUCUCACAGCUGCUCGUCUAUUUGCUUUCUGCCCCAUCAUCUUCUCUGCUCGCAAAAUGAGUGCUCGUGUUCCGUUCAUGCCCCAACGGCCUGCUUCUCGUCAACAGCAAGCUCGCUCCGAAAGCUCAGCUCCUCCGCCUACUCAUGACACCUUCCGCCCGAACGGGCUGCUCUCUGUCAGUACCUCUUCCCUCCCGGACCCCUCUCACGACUCGGCGGCCUCGAAAGACACGCAUAUACCCAGCCAUCGCAGCGCCGAAGCUGCUCUGAAGGCCGCAACCAACAAACCGCUCAACCUCGCCGGACUCGCCAAGCGGAAGCCCGCUCCUCAAGCCAACGGUGCCUCUAUACCAGGUUCAAAUCGCAAGUCGUUUGACGCAGGAGACUUUCGCUCGUCCAAGGCUUUCCUGGCACCGAGCGAGGCCUACCGCCUGUCCACUACAGGCCCUCGUCCGUCCUCUCCGUUCUUCCCUGGUAGCACCGCCUCUGGUCCUGGCUACGUCUCUACCAAUGAGUUCCGCCCGCCGAUGCUCCCUGCGCCGUCUAAGCUGCAUGCUGCUUCUUCUGCCGACGACCUGAACGCAAACCACGCGCAUACAGCCACCUCCGCUGACGCUCCCGGCGACGGCAACGUGCCCUCCACCAACGGUGACAAUUACGGAGGACUGUACUCUUUGGGCUUGAACGCCUCCGACCGUGGCCAUCUCCGUCGGCGCACCGCUUCUCAUCCGUCUCUCGAGAAGAUUAACGAAGCGGACGACGAGGACGCUGGACAACUUGCUGGCCAUGCCCAGGAUCCUCGGCUCUCUCAUGGCUACCCCGAGGACGGCCCUACAGGCUCGGACGACGGUCGUUCUGAGGUGUCCCAACAUGGCCUGCGUCGCUCGACGAAGCGGAUCCAUCAACAAGACUUCGAAGAGGACGAGUUCACAUAUGGGAACCAGGCGAAGCGAUACAAGGCCAAUGGACAUGGCGCGCCGGACGACUUCGGGACUCGCUACUCGCGCGGGCCCACCCCCGACAUCCGCGGCUUUCCCGCGUCCGAAGAUUAUGACGAUGGCGCUCUACCUGCCUCCAGGGCCCCUUCACAGCACCCCGAGCGGCCGUACUCGCGCAUGUCGGAGGUCCACGUCCACCCGCAGGGCGCGCCCUUGGAUUCUACAGGACGCGGAGAGGCGCUUUACAAGCUGCUCGGGCAGGAUUUGGGGGCGUUCGUCGAUGGGCAUGUGGACGCGUACGAGGAGGCGAAGAAGAAGUGGUCGGAGUGCUCGAUGGACGAGUGGAGGGCUGGUGCGGACGAACUCACGACGAAGUUUGCGAAGAUGCUCGACUUCGUCAAGGACCAUAUGACAGAAAAGCUGUCCCUGUAUGCCUCUCUCCAUUCUGCUGUCGCUUCUCACAAGUCCGUGCUCGCCGAGCGAGAGAAGACGCUGGCGGAAGCCAGGGAGAGCUUGGUGAAAGAAGGAGGUGCGGUUGUCGGUGGCAGCGCAGUCGCCUCUGCUGUCCAGCCAGAGAAGCAAGGCGCGGAAGAUUAGACACGGACACUACUCGCGCCUCAGUCUGUGUGCUCGAUGUGCUGGGAGUCUAGGACAGUACAAUAUGGUAUAUCGC